CCACUGACCAACUACAUAGUACUACAACCAUGACAAGCAUAGACGACCUCUUCAAAGGCACCAGCGCCUCGAAGCGGAAAUUCGAGCACCCGUCCGACCUCGACCCCACCCAAGCCUACAAAUCCGCAAAGCUCAGCGCAAACAGCGACGUCAAGCGCUCCCCUCGCGCCUCCUUAGCAGCCGAAGACGCCGAUGGCGAUGGCGACGACGACGAGGCUGGCCCAUCGCUUCCCCCCGGGUUCGUGACGGAGGAGGGCGAUGAUGAAGAAGGCCGAUUCUUCGGAGGAGGGCUGGACGAGAGAGCCAUAGAUGCGAUUGAUUACCUGGAUGCGCACGAUGCGGACGCGGCGGUUGCGGAGGAGAAGAUCGAUUCCGCCUGGUUGCGGAGGACGGCGCUCAACUUUGAGAAGAAGAUCAACAAGAAUGCCGAGCUGCGGGCUAAAUACGAGGACGACCCGACCAAGUUCAUGGCAUCCGAAGGCGACCUGGACGAAUGCAUAAAGGGGUUAAGCAUACUGUCGGAGCAUCCGGAGCUGUACGAGGAGUUUGUGAAGGGCGAGAGCGCCGCGCGGCUGGUGGAGCUGCUGGCGCAUGAGAACACGGAUAUUGCGAUUGAUGCGAUUGAGAUCAUAUCAGAGCUUACGGAUGACGAUGUCGAGGCGGAGCCUGAGCAGUGGAAUGUGCUCGUCAAGGCCAUGCUGGAAGCGGAUCUACUGAGUCUACUGAUAUCGAACUUCUCUCGGUUCGACGAGUCUGAGGAGGCGGAUCGGUCGGGCGUAUAUCAUUCUCUCAGCGUGCUGGAGAACCUUUUGUCACAGCCGGAAAACGUGGAGCUAAUAGGGAAGGAUGCGAAUCUGCUGAAUUGGCUGCUCAAACGUAUACAAAGGGACGAGAAGCCGACUACGCAGAACAAACUUUACUCCUCGGAAAUUCUCUCCAUCCUCACGCAAUCCUCGAGCUCGAAUCGACGGCGACUCGCCGCUGCCGAUGGCGUCGAGCUCCUGCUUACGCAGCUUGCUCCAUACCGAAGGGCUGAUCCCGAGAAGGGAAGCGAGGAGGAAGAAUGCAUGGAGAAUCUGUUCGAUUGCUUGACGUCGAUCGUAGAGGAGUCAGAAGGAAAGGCAAAAUUCCUCGAAGCGGAGGGCGUCGAGCUCUGUCUGCUCAUGGUGCGGGACGGCAAGAUCAGCAAGAGUCGGGCAUUGAAAGUGCUGGACCAUGCUUGUGGAUAUGCAGAACCAUCUGCGGCUGAGAAUGGAGAGGCGAGUUGCGCUGAAUCCAUAAACCAAGCAGCCGCCGUGUGUGAGAGAAUGGUCGAGGCGCGAGGGCUCAAACCGCUCUUCAGCACUUUUAUGAAGACGAAGAAACCCGAUCCGGAAACCACGGAGCACAUUUUAGGCAUCUUUGCCUCCCUCCUGCGGUCAUUGCCUGGAGAAACCGAUGCGCGAUUCCGCGUACUAGCCAAGUUUCUAGAGAAGGAUUACGAGAAAAUUAACAAACUGGUCACAUUGCGGAGGGACUACGUCUCCCGCGUAUCCGCCUUCGACGCAAGAAUGCAAGAGCAGAAAAAGGGUCUCUCGAAAGAGGAGGCGGAAGAGUUUGACCUUCGGAACAUCUCUGACAGGCUCAGCGAGGGGCUCUUCUGCCUGCAGCGCAUGGACGUCAUUUUAGCAUGGUUAGUAGCGGAAGAUGAUGGCGCGAAGAAGGCUAUCGUCAAGGUAUUGGGUGAGAGGGAUGAGGGGUUGGCGGAUGUGAGGAGGACGUUGCAGGCGCAGCUGGAUGGAGUUUUGGCCGUCGAGCCGGCGGAGAGGGAGAUGCUGGAGACGUUGGUGGAGUUUUUGGUGUAGGUGGUGGACGGAUCAUUGAUCAGCGUUGGUCACUCUGUAUACAGUCUGGGCCCCGGGGGGAAUUGGUGGUGUGAAUAACGUGAACCAGCGUGUUUCUUUGGAACCUGCACUGCCGACCGAUCCCGAGUCUACGACCGAGCUCUCAAACACAGUCCGUAGCAUGAGCAUAAGUGCUUCGAUACUAACAAGUCAAGGUAAAGGAGGAAAGGCGAAAACUCCAA